AUGAGUGAAAGCAAUCAGGGACAAGACAGAGGCACGAACGUAUCGUCAAACAACACUGAUAAUAGUGGUGAUGCAAAUGGUAAUAGUAUACCGCCAAGUUCAAAUGCGGCAUCUACUGCGCUCAAUAAUAGUACAGAACAAACAAGAAAUAUAACCGUCUCCAUUCAGUAUUCGUAUUUUACCCCGGAAAGGUUAGCACAGUUAAGCAAUACGUCUAAUAAUGGCAAUAUUGAAAACAGUAGUGCAAAUUCCACCAACACGAUUGCCAACGGCGCUGGGCCCAGUUUUGGCAUCGGAAAUGGGGGCCAUCAACCCGACGGUGCUCUUGUUCUCUCUUUCCGAGAUGUUCCUGCAUCUACUCCUCAAGAUCGUUUGAAUAGCUUCAUAUCUGUUGCUGCCCAACUUGCAAUGGAAAGAUUCAAUAGACUUUUAAAUAGACCAAAAGGCAUAACAAAAGAUGACUUUGAUAAAUUGCCUGUAUUAAAGGUAUCUGAUUUACCUAAAUCUGAAGGAUCUUUGUGUAGUAUAUGUUAUGACGAAUAUGAAGAAGAAAAAGAUCUCAAUACGACAAAAAGAAGAAGAGAAUCUGAAGGUGAGGAAGAAUCUGAAAAGUUAAAGAAACGAAGAGAUAAUAAAGGUAUGCCAACUGCUGGAACAAGUGCUGCUAUUGCUGAGCAGUCUUCAACGGCACUUGCUGACCAACCACACGCUCCAAAUGACGAGGAGACAAACCCAUCCUAUAAGCACUCCCCUAUCAAGUUACCUUGUGGUCACAUUUUUGGUAGAGAAUGUAUUUAUAAAUGGUCAAAAUUGGAAAAUUCCUGUCCCCUCUGUAGACACAAGAUCAGCGAAUCUGCCGGUAUCCAAAAUACAGCCCAACAGGAUACAGAUGAAGUAGCAGCCAACGAAGCCGCGUUCGAACGCAUUAGACGAGUUCUAUACGAUCCUGCUGCUAGGAACAAUAAUACCGAAAAUACAAAUCCGUCGGAAAGCUCCACCAACACAAUAGCGCCUACCAUUGGAAACGCAAAUAAUGGCGAACAGUUGUUAUCAAGGACAGGUUUUUUUUUAAUGCCACAAAACGGUCAAUCUCUACAUAAUCCAGUUCAUUCACCACCUAAUAAUAGUGGUGCAAACAUUUUCAACGGGUCAAACUCAACCGUUCAAAAUCCCUCUUCUAUUCCUGGUAGUUCCAGCAACAAUCAAGGCCCACGCUGGGUUCCCAUACCUUUGACCUUAUUCCAGUUCAACAGUCCAAAUCGAAGUGUUUCUACUCCUGAUUCUUCAGCCGGUCCUUCAACAGUGAAUGAAGCGACCUCAAAUGGCUCCGUUAGUGCCUCCACGGACCCUCAACACAACAGAUUGAGAGCCGUUUUGGAUCACAUAUUCAAUGUAGCUCAAGGAGGUACAUCCGAGCCGUUGGGAACAACAAUUCCCCGAGAACAAAUUGCUCGAAACCAAGGAGCUAAUGAAACACCAUCCUUUGAUGCAACUCAAGGAACUUCCUUCUUGGAAAACAUCUCAGGGCCAACAGGGUAUUUCAGAAAUGGCUCAAGGGAAAAUGAUAACAACAAUAAUAGUAACAAUAACAGCAAUAGUGGCCAAGAAAGAAAUGAAAAUGUGAUUUCUAGCAGCAAUGAUGGAAAUAGUUUGUUUUCCUCUGGUGUAGCAAGCUAUAGAGAUCAAAACGGUGAUGUCACUACCGUUGAACUGCACAAUAACAAUUUCUCCUCUGCUUCUACUGAUGGACAUCCAUCUCAAGACCAAGGUUCAAGUAGCACAGAUACGACUGCCCACAGCAACACCCCUAAUGAUAACAAUGAGCAAAGUCCAAAUUAA